GGGAGGGGCGGGGCCGGACAAGUUUGUUCGCGGAGUUCGGAGCCCAGGAGCCCCCGCGGCGGCCGCGCAGGUGCCCUCGGCCUGGGCUGGGAUGGAGCUGCCCGCGGUGAACCUGAAGGCAAUUCUUCUGAUUCACUGGGUGCUGACAACCUGGGGCUGCAUCAACUUCUCAGGUGCCUACGCCUGGGCCAACUUCACCAUCCUGGCCUUGGGUGUGUGGGCUGUGGCUCAGCCGGACUCUGUGGAUGCCAUAAGCAUGUUUCUGGGUGGCUUGCUGACCACCAUCUUCCUGGACAUCGUGCACAUCAGUAUCUUCUACCAACUGGCCACCCUCACGGAUGUGGGGCGCUUUGGGGCCGGCAUGGCCAUCCUCAGCCUGCUGCUCAAGCCCUUCUCCUGCUACUUCGUCUACCACAUGUACCGAGAGCGUGGGGGUGAGCUCCUGAUCCACACUGGUUUCCUCGGACCUUCUCAGGAUCGUAGUGCCUACCAGACAAUUGACUCUCCAGAGGCACCUGAGGACGCCUUUGCCAUCCCAGAGGGCAGGGGUCAAGCCACCCCCGGAUAUUGAAGCCAGCCCCAUUGUGCCUGGCCCCACCCUGGCACUAUCAUCUUCCUUGUACCUGGGAGGUCAUUCCAGGUAUGCCCCUGGCCUCCCUUUCUGGGACCUCAAGUGGAAUGUGUCUGCCCAGUCCGCAUCUUAGGGGCCGCCUGAAUCAAGUGCCCUGAGAGCCCAGGAGCCCCUGGGUGCCCCCAGCCCUAUGCGAACUCCUGUCCCAAACUCCCUGAGACCUCCCCUCAACUUCAAGACACUCCUUGGUCCCCAGGCUGGAACCAUGGUCUCUUGUCCUUCUGCCUCAUAGCUGCAGCACAGAGGUCUCAGCAUGAGUCAGUCAGGCUCAGGCCUCUGAGGGCCCAUGAUGCCCACCCAGGUCCCCGCGGUUACGUUAAGUCCUUCCUCAGGAGCUUGGAGAGCUUCAGGUCAUGCUCAGCCUCAAGAGCAGUCCAGCAUGGGAGUGAGGUCCCUGUGCUUCUUACUGACUGGUCACUUGGUGCCUGGGGCUAGAGGCAGGAGGUACCUGCAGCACCCAUGACCCACCACAGCCUCCAGCUGCCCUUCCUGGAGCCGAGGCAUUAGAGGUGGCAUUAAAGUUUUGGGAAUUCUG